AUGUGGCCUUUAGACCUGAUUUCUGACUUUGCCAAAAAAAAACAACAGAACCUAGGACCUGGUUUCGAUAUCUUCGGUCUUGCUCUCCGGUCGAAUCCCACGGCCACUUCAAGAUUCAGCGCCUACCUCGAAGUGCAAAUAGAGAGGCUAUCACGUGAAAAUAUCGUCUCACCUGAGUGCAGAAUUAUUUGUGAAGGUGAAGGUGCAGAAAGUCUCAGCUGUGGCUUUGAAGAAAAUUUGAUAACUAAAGUUGCGCUUUAUGUCCUUCGCUGCCACAGCUUGGGUACUUCUACACUAUCUCAUUAUCGAAUCCGUGCAAUAUGUGGUAUCCCUCAGUCUCGAGGACUAGGAUCUUCGGCUGCCGCUGUCAUUGCCGGAGUAAUGCUGGGCAAUGAAGUGGGCCAAUUGAACCUCUCUAAGGCACGCAUGUUUGAUUAUUGCUUGAUGAUUGAACGUCACCCCGACAACAUUGGGGCUGCCCUUUUUGGCGGCUUUGUUGGAACCUCGAUGAGGCCUCUCGAUCUGGAGGAGAGAGCCCGCAUGGAGACUCCGCCUAGUGAGCCUAGUGAGGUUUUUUCUGAUGGUUUCAAGAAUCUAGGCAACUCUCCCCUCGGAGUGGGAAGGUAUCACCAUUUUCGGUUGAAUGCAGAUAUCAAGACUGUGGUCGUCGUGCCAGACUUUCGCUUGAACACAGUAGAUGCGAGAGCGCGGCUACCGAAGACUUACACGCGCGAGGAUGUCAUAUUUAAUGCUCAGCGUUGUGCUCUGCUUCCUGCCUUAUUAGGGCAGUCAACUCUAGAUACAGCUAAAAUUUCAGACGCCAUGCAAGACAAGCUCCACCAACCUUAUCGAGCUGCUUUGAUUCCAGGGUUCACUGAGGUACUGAAAGACCUUACGCCCAAAACCUACCCUGGUUUGUUGGGAGUUUCUCUCAGCGGAGCAGGACCGAGUAUUGUCGCACUCGCAACACUCAACUUUGAGCUGAUCGCCAACGCUAUCAUCACGAAAUGGCACUACCUUGCGAUCAUGAGCACUGUGGUGCCUCGGCAAGAAGACCUACGCGCUUUAAUCGAGAGAUGUGUUGUGGAAAAUUGA